AUGGCGAUUACCAGUAAUCGCCUGCUCAUCUCAACUCCAUCUCUUCAUCGUCCAAAAAUCAAGCAUUCAGCUCGAUUUUCAUGCUUUUCUGCUCGACAAAGCUCAGUAAAAGCAGUAGAGCUGAAAUCUUCAAAGAAGGAAUAUUCGCCUGGGCCUAUCGAUGAUAUUUUCCUCAACGUAUUUCGCAGCAAAAUGGCGCAGGAGUCUGGAUGGGACUCGGAAAAGCCCGGAUACGAUGGAUUAAUCGAUAUGGCUCAUCGGUUAAUGGUCGGCCGAUCCAAUUCCGAAGCUACACAAGUUGCGAUACGGAUAUUAAGGGCACUUUUUCCUCCAUUGCUGUUGAAACUGUACAAGAAACUAGUUUCGCCUAUUGCUGGAGGCAAAGUGGCGUCUGAGAUGGUUGCAAGGGUAACUGCAAUUUCAUGCCAGUGGCUCAUGGGAACAUGUACAGUUAACUCAGUUGAUCUGCCUAAUGGAUCCACAUGGUCUAGCGGGGUCUUCGUUGAGAAAUGCAAGUACUUGGAGCAAAGCAAAUGUGUAGGAGUAUGUAUCAAUACUUGCAAGCUCCCUACACAGAGUACAUACAGAGCUCAAUGGGCACUUGACAGCCACUUGUGA